AAAUCUUUUUAACAACAUUUUCCGAAUAAUUGACCAAGACAACACUAGCCUUUCUCUAUCUUAAUCAAUUACAAUUCAUGUUCCUGUGCUGUGCUGAUUCAAAUGGAUGAUGAGCCUUUCCUCCCAAAGACUUUAACAAUACCAGAAGAAGAUUCUCAAUUCCCUUCUGGGUACUUUGAUCUCAUCUCUACUGAUGUCAUUAUCCCCAUCAUCAAGAGCACCCCAAAUUCUUCUUCUUAUGUAAAUGUUCUUGCCUGCAGCUUCAACAAAAACACAAGAAAGCUUCUUCAUCGCUCAUAUUCUGCUCCAUCUGUAUUCACUCAAGCCAGGGAGUCUUCAAUACCUGAUUCUUUAGAUCCCAGGCCAACUUCUAAGUCUACUCCGAUGAUCGUCUGGCAAGCGUUCAUCGGUGUCAUCUUAUAUGUAGUUAUUGUUGUAGUUAUAUUCCUGGUUAGUGGAAGAUUCAAGGGAACUACUACAUUCAAGCCGGUGGAUGCGUUGUACUUCACUGUGGUUACACUGUGCACCAUAGGAUUUGGUGACAUUGUGCCUGACUCCGCAUUUACCAAGCUUUUUACUUGUGUUCUCAUAUUGGUUGGUUUUGGUUUUAUAGACAUUCUGCUAAAUGGGUUGGUUACAUACAUUUGUGACAGGCAAGAAGCAGUUCUGUUGAGUGUUGUGGAUGAGAAUAGGUUCAAAACAUACAUGAUUGAUAGAGUUAAAGGGAGAAUGAGAAUUAGAACCAAAGUGUGCUUCGCCUUGGCAGCGGUCAUUGGCUGCAUUGCUAUAGGAACAAUUGCAGCACAUUUCCUAGAGAAUUUGAAUUGGGUUGAUAGUUUUUAUCUUUCUGUCACUUCUGUGACAACAGUUGGUUAUGGAGAUUUCGCUUUCACCACUUUAACAGGAAGAUGUUUUGCCAUAAUUUGGCUUUUGAUCAGUACACUGGCCGUUGCGAGGGGAUUUUUAUACCUGGCGGAGUUCAGGAUUGAUAAGAGGAAUCGUGUAGUUGCGAAAUGGGUUCUUCAGAAAAAGAUCACCCUUGAAGAUUUGGUAGCUGCGGACCUGGAUAAUGAUGGAUCUAUCAGCAAAUCUGAAUUUGUUAUAUACAAGCUUAAGGAGAUGGGGAAAAUAACAGAGAAAGAGAUUCUUCAAAUCUGCAACCAAUUUGAUUCAUUAGAUAAUAGCAAUUGUGGCAAGAUCACUCUUGCGGAUCUCAUGGAAGGUGGCUGAGUAAAACAAAGGUGUAGAAUUGCUGCAGCUUCUGGUUUCUUUAGCCAACACAAUGCACAUUCAAAAGGGUGCUUUUGCAAAAUCACAAUUUCAAAUGCCAUGCCAAAUGGGCACAGUGCAGGCGAGCUAGACUUGGAAUUUCUCCUCACUGUACAGAAACAAAAAUCAUUGCUUACAAGUAGUUAGUGUUAUGAAUUGUGUAUGGGUAUAUAAACUAUACAUUGGAAAAACAUAAUUUUUUAAGUUUAUAAUGUGGGGAAUAACUUUCUUUUUGAA